GUAGCUUCGAAAAAAAACACAGAGAAACACAAGAAGAGGGACACUCCCACAGCCAGAAACAGAAAAUCAAAUGAAGCAGCAGCCGAAACGUGCAUAGCCAGACUUUGAAAAACACAAACCAAAAUUCAAUCACACAAAACACACAACUGUUUCACGAAGAAUUCUAUGCUACUGACGUUAUAUUAACUUCAAGUAUAAUACAUAAAAUAAAAUAAAAUUUGCCAUCAAACAAAUGCAACGGACCAACGCCAUUUAAGUGAUACAACAAAACAAAUAAAAGUUUAAACAACAUAAGUGCUGUGAUUUCCACUACAAAACAACAACAACCAACCAACCAACAAGAAAUGUUAAUUUAAACUGCAACAAGAAGUAGAAGAAGAAAAGCAAUCAGCAAGAAAACAAGCAGCAAAUUGUGAUAAAUGAAAUAAUCUUAAUUAAUUAAAUCGUACAAGUGAUAUAAACAGGCGACACAAAAAGCCGUCGGAAAACUGCGAGCGAACGAACGAACGACUUUCGAUUCGAUUCGACUUUCCAACCUACAAAGCCACACAACCCAGAAAAACCAAUGAAAAUGGAUGUUAUCCCCGUGCAGAGCAUCUACGGUGGUGUCCGAGGAUCAAACAAAACAAUAGAUUGGACCAGCACACUGUCUCCGCUCGAAGCCGCCGUGGCCGUUAUGCCCAAGAAGGCCAAGACCGCUGGCAACAGCGCCACCGCCACCACAGUGGCCACCAGUAUUAAGCACAAGCAGCCGGCGGGCAGCAACAACAGCCAUGUUGGCCAAAGUCAGAGCAAGAAGACAAAGCCCAGCGGCAGCUACAAUAGCAACUACUACUAUGCCGCCGACGAGGAGGAGGGCGGCAGCAGCUACUAUUCGUCGAACUAUGAUACCAAGGCCGAGGAUGAGCUGUCCCUGCGACUGCUCGACGAACUGAGGGCGGCCAAGUCGAGGCAUCUGACCUGCACGGAAGUCUCGCUACCCUGUGAUCUCACGCCGAGCGUGGCCCGGGAAAUUAUCCGCGUGUCGGAGAAGGAGCCCUGCGGCAUCCGCGGCUGCACCAUCUACAUUGAGUUCGAGGAUGAGCCGAAGAAUUCGCGUCGCAUCGCCUCGAUCAAGAUCGAUCCGGACACGGUGUCGACAUUCGAAGUAUAUCUGACCCUCAGGCAGGAUCACCGCGGCUGGACGUCCCUGUUGCCGCAGUUCAUGAAGAGCCUGGCCCGCACGAUCACCAUCAGUCCGGAGUACACGAUCACCAAGAACAAGCUGUAUUCCGCCGACGGUUUGGGCGCCCGCCGGAGCUAUAGCUUCGGCAGCCACGCCCACAGCCCCAGUGCGGCCAUAGCAACGCCCACAAAUUAAGGUGAUCUGGAAGAUCUGCGAGAAGUUUAAGCAAAAACACCACCCCUGUGAUGAUCGAGAGCAGUAGUUUGUUGCAAGUUGAUGAGCAACAACGAAGCAAGUAUUCGAAGCCACCCCACCUACACCACACACACACACACACACACACACAAAACACAUUAGGGUACGCCAACCACACUCUCAUACUAAUACUAUAUAAUGGGACCGUAAGGCCCCGAUUUUUGUAAUUGUGACUCUCACCACCAUUUUACUUAGAUGCGUAGUGCUAUAACAAAUAACU